GCAGGCGGGUGCGGGCCAUGGAGGAGAAGUACCUGCCCGAGCUGAUGGCGGAGAAGGACUCGCUGGAUCCGUCCUUUACUCACGCGUUGCGGCUGGUCAACCAAGAGAUCGAUAAAUUCCAAAAAGGGGAAAGCAAAGAAGAAGAAAAGUACAUUGAUGUAGUGAUUAACAAAAAUAUGAAACUGGGACAAAAAGUAUUAAUUCCAGUAAAACAGUUUCCCAAGUUCAACUUUGUGGGGAAACUUUUGGGCCCACGUGGCAAUUCUCUGAAGCGCUUGCAAGAAGAGACAUUGACCAAAAUGUCAAUAUUGGGAAAAGGAUCCAUGAGGGACAAAGCAAAGGAAGAAGAGUUGAGGAAAAGUGGAGAAGCAAAAUACUUUCACCUGAAUGAUGAUUUGCAUGUGUUAAUUGAAGUCUUCGCCCCACCAGCAGAAGCUUAUGCAAGAAUGGGUCAUGCACUGGAAGAAAUUAAGAAAUUCCUCAUUCCUGAUUACAAUGAUGAAAUCCGACAGGCACAAUUGCAGGAAUUAACUUACUUGAACGGUGGCUCAGAAAACGCAGAAGUUCCAGUAGUUCGUGGGAAACCGACUUUGCGGGCAAGGGGGGUACCCACCCCUACCCUGGCAAGAGCCCGUGGAGGUGUGCCACCCCCACCGACUGGUGUUCCACGAGGGGCUCCAGCACCCAGAGGAGUACCCCCUGGUAGAGGUCCCAUCAGUCGUGGCCGCGGUCUUUUAACUCCCAGAGCAAGAGGCGUUCCUCCAUCUGCAGGCUACCGAUCACUUCCGCCUCCUCCAGCACAAGACACGUAUGGAGAAUAUGACUACGACGAUGGAUAUGGCGCUUCAUAUGAUGAACAGAGCUAUGAUUCUUAUGACAACAGCUAUAAUACUUCAGCACAAAGUGGGGCCGAUUACUACGAUUACGCCCAUGGACUGAGUGAUGAAACAUAUGAUUCUUACAGACAGGAAGAAUGGACCAACUCAAGACAUAAGGCGCCUCCAUCAAGGACAGCAAAGGGAGCCUACAGAGAGCAGCCAUAUGCCAGAUACUGAUUAAACUGUCUGAUGUUGUGAAAUACCCAAUCUUCACCAGUCCUGUAUACUGUUCAAAGUAAUUUUUUUCUAUGAACAAUCCCUUUUUAUUAAAAUCAAAGUGCUUAAUCUGAAUGGACGGACUGAGCUUAAUCUAUUUUCUGCUGAAUGAAAACCUGGACAGGAAGACAUGUGACGUGAGAAGCUUUGUUAUUUCCAGAUUGUAUUUGGAAAAAAAAAAUAGGUGAACAAAACAAAAAAAGGAGAAAAAAAAUAACCUUUGAUUAACUAGUGUUAAAAACAGCUAGGUUUACUAAAUAUGUUAAUCCAUUAUUUUUAACCUAAGCGUAACCUUUUAUUUUAAAGGUUUUCAACAAUUUAGUUACAGUCUUAUCUUUCAACCAUUUUGCUAGUCUUUCUCUUGCAAACCUGCGUAAAAAGGGAAGCAGAUCAGAAAUGCAAAUGUGGUAUUUUGUAAUUUGAGUCUUGAAAUGUUCUGUAGUGUUAAGCAAAGUUUACUCUUGCUUGAUACUAAAUAAACUUUUGAAAGAAAAAUCA